CCGGAGGAGGAGCCGAAAGAGGAAGCAGCCCCAGCCAAGCCUGUGGUAGGAAUUAUUUAUCCUCCACCUGAGGUCAGGAAUAUUGUGGACAAGACUGCCAGCUUUGUUGCCAGGAAUGGUCCGGAAUUUGAAGCUCGAAUUCGUCAGAACGAAAUAAAUAACCCCAAGUUCAACUUCUUGAACCCAAACGAUCCUUACCAUGCAUACUACCGGCACAAGGUCAGCGAGUUCAAGGAGGGCAAAGCGCAGGAGCCGUCAGCUGCUAUCCCCAAGGUUAUGCAACAGCAGCAAAGCGCUCAGCAGCAGCUCCCGCAGAAGGUUCAGGCCCAGGUGAUCCAGGAGACAGUCGUUCCGAAAGAGCCGCCGCCGGAGUUCGAGUUCAUCGCGGAUCCUCCCUCCAUCUCGGCCUUCGACUUGGACGUGGUGAAGCUCACGGCGCAGUUCGUGGCACGCAACGGGCGGCAGUUCUUGACUCAGCUGAUGCAGAAAGAGCAGAGGAACUACCAGUUUGACUUCCUUCGCCCCCAGCACAGCCUCUUCAACUACUUCACUAAGCUGGUUGAACAGUACACAAAGAUCCUGAUCCCGCCGAAAGGCUUACUCCUCAAGCUCAAGAAAGAGGCCGAAAAUCCCAAGGAGGUCCUAGACCAGGUUUAUUACCGAGUGGAGUGGGCCAAGUUCCAGGAGCGAGAGCGGAAGAAGGAAGAGGAGGAGAAGGAAAAGGAGCGCGUCGCUUACGCCCAGAUUGAUUGGCAUGAUUUUGUGGUGGUGGAAACAGUUGACUUUCAGCCCAACGAGCAAGGGAAUUUUCCUCCUCCCACCACUCCGGAAGAGUUGGGAGCUCGAAUCCUCAUCCAGGAGCGUUAUGAGAAAUUUGGGGAAAGUGAGGAGGUAGAGAUGGAGGUGGAGUCAGACGAGGAAGAUGAAAAGCAAGAGAAAACUGAUGAGCCCCCAGCCCAGCUGGAUCAAGACACGCAGGUGCAGGAUAUGGAUGAGGGCUCCGAUGAUGAAGAUGAAAGUCAGAAGGUUCCUCCUCCUCCAGAAACCCCGAUGCCACCACCUCUUCCUCCCACACCGGAUCAGGUCAUUGUGCGGAAAGAUUACGAUCCCAAAGCCUCAAAACCGUUGCCACCUGCUCCAGCUCCGGAUGAGUAUCUUGUUUCCCCCAUCACUGGAGAGAAAAUCCCUGCUAGUAAAAUGCAGGAACACAUGCGAAUCGGCCUCCUGGACCCUCGAUGGCUGGAGCAGCGGGAUCGAUCCAUCCGGGAGAAGCAGAGCGAUGACGAGGUCUAUGCCCCAGGUUUGGAUAUUGAAAGCAGCUUGAAGCAGCUGGCAGAGCGCCGUACUGAUAUCUUCGGCGUGGAGGAGACUGCCAUUGGUAAAAAGAUCGGUGAAGAAGAAAUCCAGAAACCAGAGGAAAAGGUGACCUGGGACGGCCACUCGGGCAGCAUGGCCCGCACACAGCAGGCUGCGCAGGCCAACAUUACUCUCCAAGAGCAAAUCGAAGCGAUCCAUAAAGCCAAGGGACUGGUGCCAGAAGAUGACAGCAAGGAGAAGAUCGGUCCCAGCAAACCCAACGAGAUACCCCAGCCACCUCCUCCUUCGUCAGCGUCGAAUCCCCCAGCGAGCGCCCAGCCCAUCACAUCGGUGCCUCGCCCCCCUACA